UCAAAUGGUACGUACAAGCCAACACACACAUGCUUCCUAACAAGUCUACCAACCCCCUCUUCCCUCCACUCUCUAAUCUCUCUAUAUUCAAUCCAUGCCAUGCAUCAAAGGCAUCAACCAACUAAGGAAACCACCAAACAUAAUGGAAGUCAUCAUCCAAGAAACUACAACCAUUUAUCCAUCAAACCCUCCCUUCAAUCACCCCCAUACUCUUUCUCUUUCUCACCUCGACACCGAUCUCAACCUCCAUGUCACCUUCCGCUACUUCCGUGUCUACGCAAACCUAUCCAAUUCCAAUCCAUUCCAACUCAUUAAAAACGCCCUAGGAACCGCCCUCGGUCCCUACUACCCUCUAACCGGCACCCUUCGAAAACUCGAAGGGUGCCGGUUUGAGUUACACUGCACCCCUGGAAAGGGUGUCCCUAUCAUAAGGGCCAGUGUAGACUACUCUUUAGAGUCCCUUAACUACUUGGAUGAACUAGAUGAGACCUUUUCGGAACGACUAGUUCCGAACCCUGGUCUAGUUGAAGCCAUGGAUCAUCCUAUGAUCUUACAGAUUACUUUGUUUAAGUGUGGAGGUUAUGUUCUUGGGUCAGCUGUUCAUAACAUGUUGUGUGAUGGCUUAGGAGCGUCCGAGUUUUUCAAUGGAGUCGCGGAGUUGGCUCGUGGGGUGACUCGGAUGGAAGUUGAGCCGGUUUGGGAGCGAGCUAGUUUACUCGGACCGCGAGAACCGGUCCGAGUUGAGUUUCCGUUCGAAGAGUUUUUGAGGUUGGAUAAGGAGUUUUCACCUUAUUUGCAGAAUGUUGGACCGACUGUUAGAGUUUGUUUUCCCAUGAUGGAGAAGUGGUUGGACCGGUUUAAGGAGUAUUUACAAGAACGGUCCGGUUCGCGGUUUACAACUUUUGAAGCAUUGGGUGCUUUCAUAUGGCGAGCAAGGGUGAAAGCAUCAAAUAUUCCAAAGGACACAAAAGUGAAAUUUGCAUACUUAAUGAACAUAAGAAAGCUACUUAACCCACCACUACCUAAGGGUUACUGGGGAAACGGCUGCAUACAAAUGUACGUUCAACUCACUGCCGGAGAAUUAACCGAUCAACCCAUUUGGAAGACAGCAAGCCUAAUAAAACAUAGCAAAUACAACGCGAACGACGAGUACGUAAGAUCAUACAUCGAUUUCCAGAAGGAGAACUACGAGAAGGGUAUAACAGCAGGGAAGGAGGUGAGCGGGUUCACUGAUUGGAGGCACAUUGGUCAUUCUAAGGUCGAUUUCGGAUCGGGCGGUCCAGUAAAUGUGGUUCCUCUUUCCAAGCAUUUUCUGGGGAGUAUUGAGCCAUGCUACUUCUUGCCUUAUUCUUCUGUUGCUGUUGAGGGGAAGGAAGAUGGUGAUGGAUUUAAGGUGUUGGUUUGUUUGAGAGAAUGUGCAAAAGAUGGGUUUAUGGCUGAAAUGGAUAAGUUUAGUAGACUGGAGUUUGAUUUAGGCUAAGCUAUAUAAUAUAUCUAUAAUGUUUAGUUAGUACUUAACUUUGUAUGCUUUGGUUCAUUCCGAUUCUUGUCAAUGAAUUAACUGUUUUUCAAGCAUGAACUAGUUUUUU